CGGGGAUGUUGUGCCUGUCGAGGCGCCGCCCAAAGGACCAAGGGUGAGCAAGGAUUGCCGCUCUCGCCUGCACUUGACCUUGCCUUGUGCUGCUGCAGGCGUUUAUAUGCGAAUGCUCACCCCUCGAAGCAACUGCGAGAUGCCGUUUUGCGAUUUCUCCAGGUUUUCUGCCGGCAGGCUUCGUCAAUAACCAUGCCUUCUUAUCCCCUCCAGCUCACCUGCUUGGGCGUCAUCAUUGGCACUCCGCUUCUGGCCUCGAUUUUUGUUAUUCUGAGAAUAUACACGCGCCGGAAGCUGAAUCUGCGCCUGAGUUGGGAUGACUGGCUUAUCAUACUUCCUCUGCUAUUGUCAAUAGCCCUCAUAGGACCUUCAUACAGACAUGUCAAAAUGUGGCAUGUUGGUGUCCAUAUCUGGCAAGUUCCCCCAGAUGAGAUUGAACCAAACUAUGACCAGUACUACGCUGUUGUCAUGGCCUUUAACCUACUGAACAUUCCCAUCUUGCCACUGGUCAAAGCAUCAAUCAUCCUUCUCCUUCUUCGCGCUGGUUCCGUCAUCCAAUGGCUGAGGCGAGCACUCUACGCCAUUCUUAUCUUCACUGUCGGAAGCGCUUUGAUUCCAUGGUGCCUCUACAUCUUCAUCUGCCCACCCCUUACCGGCAACACAUGGAAGCCGCGAACCUUUGGUGGUCUGCACUGCAUGGGCCGCCACAAGAUGGGCGAGAUGUUGAUCUGGGUUACUUGCGCCAACCUCCUCACUGACGUUCUGAUCCUCCCCAUUCCGUUUAUCAUUGUCCGAAGGAUGAUGAGUGCCCGUCUACGCUCCCGUCUUGUUGUGCUAGCAGUUUUUACCUGCAGUCUUGCGGUCACUGCUAUUGGCGCCGCGAAGAUCUACCUCUCAUACCGCGACCGCCUGUACACGCUCUUCAAGCCUGACUGGACCUACCCAAUCGACUACUGUAUCAACCACAUUGAAAACAAUGUUGCCAUCAUCGUCGCCAACAUCCCCAUCCUACGUGGUCUCGUCACACGAUGGAUCUUCAACUUCCGCACCAAAGCCACACCCAUGGACCCCGAGGCCCGCACCGACAACAACUGGCAGCAAUGGGACCUAUCCAGCUCCUCUGCCGGCGACAGCCGCUACACACGGCGCAACUCGAAGAAGAGCGUCAAAGUGCGCAUGUUCAACAAGAUCCUCCCUUGCAUCCAAGACGACUUCUCCAGCAGCCUCGCCACACGCACCUCAACCUCUGGCGAUGCCACCACCAACAAAGCCGGCGCAAGCGCCCACAUCACCGAAUGCAAGAAACCUCGUCUCCCUAGCAAAAUCGUCACAAACAACCCCCCAAAACGCACCUACUUUUCCCGCCCCUCCCGCCGCAACAGCCAAGACCGCUACGCCGCGUCUUCGCACUGCGAAAAGGGCGACGCCAACGUCCUCGAGUCCGUCCGCAGCGUCGGCAGCAGCCUCGAAUCCGCGCCCACCCUCGUCGACAGCAAGUACGGCAGAGGCAGCAUGGGCUGCAAGAGCUUGGAACUCGACUCGCCGCCUGUCAGCCCUACGACUGUAGUACCUGGGAGGCGGUACUCUGCUGCUACCCUUCUGCAUAGCCCCAUUACGCCGCUUUCACCGGUUAGGCUGCGCGGGAUAGGGGAUGCGGGUGAGUAUGAUGAGUAUGAUGAUGAUGAGGGGAUUUAUCCGCAUCACCCGAGGACGAGGAGUUGGGGGGAGGAGACGCGAAGGUUAUGAGAUUAUGAUAUGCCUCGUUCUGUUUUUUUUUUCUGUUUUCUUUUGUUUACAUUUUGAGGGAGAUAAGGGAAAGUAUGUGGAGUUUGCAAUGAUACCAUGUGACUAUUUUCAUGCACAAAAGGGUUUUUGGGACUUUGAACUUUUUAGUCUACGGUCGCUUUUUUUUUCGCGAGCUGGGGCGGAGGUGCGCACAUGCCUAGCUAAGGGAGAGUUGGGGGGGUUGUUAUACCACACAAUCACGACAUCGAGUGUUGAACACCGGGGCAGAGAAAAAAGAAGAAGAAGAAGAAGAAGAAGUAUUAUGCAGUGCAUAGCCUAACCUCUUUUUCAUCCUUUCACUUCUUUGUUCAUCGUUCUAGCAAGCAUAGUAUAUAUCAAUAUCUACAUUUUGAGAAAAAUAAAACAAUUCAACAUCGACAUCUAC